AUGUCCAUUGUGGAUGGAUUAAGUUAUGAAAAGAGUCGGAGCAGUACGGGCUUGGUCGACGUUUGGAGACGCAUUCCGAGGGCAGUGCCCGGACGAGCAUUGUCGGUGACCAACGGUGUGUAUCGCCCAUCCAACCACGAAAUCGCUCCCAACAGCACGCUACGAAUCUACGACUUGCAGUCCUAUUUAACGAUGUACUUCUAA